AUGCAAAGUGAAAUGAGAGCAUUAACAGAUGCAGACAUUAGUGGUUUGGAUCAACAUGAGUCGAUUGCUUUGCGUUCGAAUGAAAUGGAAAUACUGUCACAAGGUUUAACACCAAAUGUGUCAAGAGCAUCAGAGUUAAAUCAACGUAUGAAAAAUGUUAUCAAAACAUUGGAACUUCGCCUUCAAGAUCAGUCGAAUGAACCAGCAUGUUUCGGCUUCUUGGAAUUUAAAUAUCCCAGUACUACGGAGAAAAAUAUCGAUGAUGCUGCAGAAAACGAUCGUUUAUCAUCAUUUAUCCAUGUUGCUGCUAAUACAAAAAGUUUGUGGAUAGCAAAAAUUGUUGAAGCGUAUCAACUUCGUGCACCUGAUUUCAUUCUGUCAAUCCAAACAGGCAGAGUUCAGAAAAGCGAUUCAUAUAAACAAAUCUCUGGCAUACAAGCAGAAACUGAACAUGCUAUUCAACAUGGUUUAACUGAAACAGCAAGAAUAACACAACCUUGGGUAACAACAAGUUGUGCUAAUCAAGACAUUAUGAAGUUAUUGGGAAAUGCAUUGGAUAGAGAUUUAUGUGGAAGUGAUAUUCCUUGUUUAGGUUUUUGCGAUUGGAAAUUUGUGUCACAUGAGCAAGACACACCGAAGUCAAUGUUCAAACAAUUGGUAUAUCGAUUGGAUAAUGAAUAUCCUCCUAUUCAUCAGUAUGUACUGACAACAAGUACAGAUGAUGAAAGAAUCAGUGUUAAAAAUCAGCUCGAACCUAAUCACACGCAUUUCUUCUUUUUUGAUGCUGGAUCGAACGAUAUGAAAAACAUGUUUUUGAAACGGCAAGCAAUUGAACAUGAACUUAGUAUUAGUAAAGUACUGAGAUCUCCAGUACCUGGUUGUCUAUCUAAAAAUGUUGUAUCGGACCAUGAUAUUCCAAUUAUUAUGUUACUCAUUGGUGGUGAUUUCGAAACAUUAAAUGCGAUAUGUGAAGGAUUAACCGUAGGAACACCAGUUAUUGUUAUUCGAAACACAGGUGGUAUUGCUGAUAUCAUUGCUCAACUCUGUCGAAAAUCGUCUACGACUGAUGAACUGGCGUCAUUUCGAAAGAAAACAUAUACUGAGGAAUGUAAAAAUGACUUUAAAAAACUAUUUGAAAACGAAGACAUUACCACAGAACAACAUGACGAUAUUGAAAAAUAUGUUGAUAUUCUAAGGGAAAUGGAAGGACUUGUUAUUGUCUUUGACGCCAUCGAACCUAAUGCUAAACUAGAAGAUGCCAUUGCCGACGCAAUGUUAACAGGCAUAACCUAUGAAGUCAAUAAUUGGGAGCAAUUUUUUUGUCCGGAUACCCGAGCACCGAUUCUUCUAUGGUGCACAGUAUGGAACAAAGCUAAUUAUGCACGGCAAUUAUUGAUUAACAACAAAGAUGAGAGUUUGGUAUCAAUAGGUCAAGCAGAAGCAAAUCAAAAUCAGAUGAUUCCAUUAGCACAGCAAUUAUUGUUCGAAGCUUUAUAUCGAAAUAAUGUGCUUUUCGUGAGUUUGUUAAUGGAAUAUGGUGCAUCAAUCGAACAACUAAAUGAUGAACAACUUAUCAUUAUUUGUGUUAAAACUAUGAAUGAUGAUGCUCUCAUUCUCUAUAAAUCGUCCCUUGAUUCAUUGUCUCUCAAACGUGAUGCUGUAUUAAGUGAAUUGAAAACAUAUGUGGAACAAAGAUAUAAUGGUUAUCUUCGACAAUAUUUAAACCAUUAUGUUACAAAGGAUAAUAUGAGAGAAAAUAAGCAAAUGCGCCGAGCAGUUUUAGAUGAUGAUCAAAAUCAACAUAAGAUCAAUGCAAGUUUUACUCCAUUUUCGAAAAUCUUCAAUGAACGUAAGACUGAAGCACUUUAUCUUUGGUUUAUAUUCAUGAAUCAACCAAUGAUGGCGAAGUAUCUUUGUUCAAGAUGUCGAAAUCAAAUAGUUGCAAGUUUACUCGCCGUUGAUAUUUAUAAUACAUCAGCUGCAUUCAACACAUUGAAUAGACAAAAUUUAAAAGCGAUUUCACAAGAAUUUGAUCAACAUGCCAGAGGUAUUAUAGACAAAUGUCUCGCGAAAGAUGAACAAUUUGCUCUCAAACUACUCGAAAGUAAAGCGACGGCUUUUUACAAAUGUGUUCCACUAGAUGUAGCACAACGAGCCAAUUGUCGAAUAUUUCUCGCCAGUAAUACAAUACAAAAACAUCUCAAAAGUUUAUGGUAUCAUCAUUUUGACCAUCAACAUCGCUUAUUGCAAAUUAAAAUCUCCAUUUGGAUUUUUUUCUCAGCUUUAAUAUUACCUCUUCUACCCAUUGCAUCAGUGUUAGUUCCAGCUCUGUAUAAGAAGAAAUCUGAUCAAACAAAAUCGGAAUCAAAAAUAUGGAAUCCGUAUCGUCCAGUAGUGAUACAUGCACCACCACCAGUACAAGAGAGUUUGCCAAAACGCUUUAACAUUCAUGGAAUAAUUACACGAAUCAAAUGGUUCUACGAAGCACCUGUCAUACGAUUUUAUUAUAAUUUAAUAUUCUUCAUUCUAUUUUUGGCUCUGUUCAGUUAUGUUCUUCUUUUGGAUUAUCUUCCAGUGAAUAUUUCCGAUGAACAUCGAUCUGAAUCUCGACAUUUGCCAAUUCCAAUCACUGAAUUAAUUCUUCAUAUUUGUAUGUGGAGCUUAAUUAUUGACGAAUUAUAUCAGUAUAUAUCACAAAUGACAUCGGGUUAUGAGUACAGUAGUAAUGCUUGGAAUUGGAUGGAUCAAGCGGCGAUUCUGAUCUAUUUGAUAGCAUUUGUUACUCGUUGGUUCGGUCAAGAAUCAUUUUUCAUUUGUUCAAAAAUACUCAUGUCAAUUGAUUGUGUUAUUUGGUAUAUUCGAAUACUUUAUCUCUUUGCUGCGUCCAGAAUUCUCGGACCAAAGCUAACGAUGAUCUAUGAAAUGAUGAAAGAUGCUAUCGUGAUCUUCAUCUGUUUCAUCCUUAUUAUUCUUUUUGGCUUUUCUGUUGCUUCUUGGUCUCUUCUGACAACUAAAGAACAAGUUGCAUGGACAAAUUCAAUAAAUGGAUCAUUCCCAAACGCCAGUGUAGCAUUACAAACCGGUAAUGGACUGUGGAAAUGGCAAAUAUUACGAGAUGUGUUUAAUUGGGGUAUUUGGAAAGUAUUUGGACAAGUAGCUGAACCGUAUAAUGACGCUGUUAGUGAAAAUGAUGCCUAUGGUACAUUUGUCUUUUUAUUCGCUAUUGGUUUCACAGUCAUAUCCAAUAUACUUCUUCUUAAUGUACUUAUCGCGAUGUUUAAUGAAAAGAUUCAACGCAUACAAGAAAAAUCAAUAGAAAUAUGGCGAUACCAACGCUUUUGGUUGAUUUAUGAAAUCAAAGAUAAGACAUACGUUUGUUGUUGUUGCUGCAAAAAUCGAUCCAAAUCAUCUCAACACACUGAAAAUAUUAAUCAAUCUGACGAAUUAUCUGCCGUUGUCAUUGAUGAACAAAUUCCUAUUCAAUCGUAUUUAUUCAAUAAUAAUGACAGAUCAACUCGACAAAAUCUAUCAAUCGACACUCGUCACAUAAAUCGUGAAAAAGUCAUCGCCGAAUCCUAUUGGCACGAUAUUUUCGAUGGAGAAAAACAAAGUAAAACAUUUGACAAAGAAAAUGUAGAUAUGGAUAAAACUCUGCAGAAUCAUGAGUAUUAUCAAUCACUCUACAUCAUAUUUCGAUUAUUAACUAUUAGUUGCAUAGUGCUGAGCAGGCCGAAAGUUUGGGCCGAAAAAUCCUGGGGCCGAAAUUCCUGCGUCCCCAUAUUUCAAACUCAAACAAAACUCGCACUUAGCAACAAUCAAAUUAGCGAUAAGGGAGCUCAACAACUGGCUGAAAUUAUACGUAAAAAUGCAACACUUACUGAAAUUGAUUUAUCCAAAAAUUACAUUUCCAAUCAUGGUAUCCAAUAUUUGACUGAUGCAUUCUUGAAUAACAAGACAUUGAUUAGUAUCGAUCUUUCGAACAAUCAGAUCGGAGACAAUGGAGCUCAAUAUUUUGCAGAUGUGCUUUUAUUAAAUACAACACUAACAAUACUGAAAUUGGAUAAUAAUCAUUUAGGAGAUUAUGGAGCCAAGUGUCUAGCGAAUAUUCUACGAAACAAUACAACCCUCACUACUCUUAGUCUCGCAGUAAAUCAGAUCGAAGCACACGGAGCCCAACAAUUAGCUCAAGCAUUAGCAAACAAUACUACACUCACUAUGAUCAAUCUUUCGUCGAAUAAAAUUUCCGAUAAAGGUGCUCAAUAUUUGGCUGAGGUGUUACGAAAUAAUACAACGCUAACAACGCUCGAUCUUGGUUUUAAUGGAAUCGGAAAUGUAGGAGCACAACAUUUGGCUAAUGCACUGCAAAACGAUGCGCCUCUUACUACACUCAAUCUGUCAAGUAAUGAAAUUGGAUGCGACGGAAUCAAACACUUGGUUGAUGCUAUGAGUAAUAACGAGAGAAUUACCACACUCGAUAUCGAAAGCAAUGGGGUUGGAGAUGAAGGAAUCCAACAUUUAGCGGUUGCUUUGAAAAGCAACAAGACGGUCACCACACUCAAUCUUUCCAGUAACCAGAUCGGUACUGUUACAGCUAAAUAUCUUGCUGAAACUAUAGGCUAUACAACGACACUUGUCCAAGUCAACCUUAGUCACAAUCAAUUAGAAGUGGGUGGAAUACAAGAAUUAGCUCCUACUUUACGACUUAAUACAACAUUGACUACACUGUCUCUAUCAAACAAUCGAAUCGGUCAUGAAGGAGCGCGGCAUCUUGCCUAUGUUUUACAAACUAACACUGCUGUCACUACACUUGAUCUUUCCAAGAACCAAAUAGCUGAUACUGGAUUAAAGCAUCUCGCUGAUGCUUUACUAACUAACGAAACGCUAUUGACACUUGACCUUUCCAACAAUGGGAUUGGAAAUAACGGAAUUGAACAUUUAGUAGAAGCUUUCGAGUCAAAUACAACACUAAAAACUAUUAUUCUUCGAUUCAAUAAGAUUAACAAUGGAGGAGCACGUACUUUGGCCUAUAAUUUAAUGGAAUAUAUGAAUGUGGGAGUCGCAACGCUUGACCUUGGUUAUAAUCGAAUUGGAGAUCAAGGUGCAUAUGAUCUCGCUGAUAUUUUACGAUCGAGUGCAACCGUAACGAGAAUAGAGAUGACUGGUAAUCCAAUUACGAUCACUGCGGCUAGAUACUUAUCUCAAACUUUACGACACAAACUAAUACUUACCACAUCCACUUUCACAAACAAUGACAAUAGUAUCGAAUGGGUCGAUGAAAUGGCUACUUCGUUAAAACAGAAUAAAACACUAUCAACACUUAGUCUUGAAGAAGAGGAAAUCGGAUAUAAAGAGAUUCGACUUCUGUCUGUUGCUUUAAGAUAUAUUAAGGCACCCGACAUAGUCAAUCUGAAUGACAAUCAAAUUGGUAUUAAAGGAGCUCAAUAUCUCUCCGAAGCUCUACGCAAUAAAACAACACUUACUCAACUCAAACUUCGAGCGAAUGAUAUUCGUGCAGAAGGUGUUUUGCAUCUUACUGAUACUAUUAGUAGUAAUACAUCACUUGCUGAACUCGACUUGAGCAAUAAUGAUAUUGCCGAUCAAGGACUUGAAUAUUUGAUCGAUGCAUUUCGAAAUAACAAAACGCUAACUGAUUUAAAUCUUGCCGGCAACAAAAUCAAAGGAGAAGGAAUAUCAUAUCUAGUUGACGCUUUUCGAGAUACAAGAACGCUUAAUAUGUUGAAUCUCGGACAAAACAAAAUUGGAUGUUUGGGCAUGAAAUAUUUAGCUGAUGGUUUUCGAAACAACACAACACUAACCACAUUGAAACUGGAUAAGAAUCAAAUUGAAGCCAAAGGAAUUGAAUAUCUAGUUAAUCUAUUUGGACAUACGACAGCAAUUACUACACUCAGCCUAACUAAUAAUCGAAUUGGCAACGAAGGCGCUGAACAUUUAGCUAAAAUUCUGUGUAAAAAUCAAACACUAGCGACACUCGAACUUGGCUACAAUGGAAUUGGGGGCAAAGGAGCUGAACAUCUCUCUAAUGCACUGGAAAACAACAGUACGCUCACCGAACUCAAUCUUACUGGUAAUGCACUUGAUGCAGAGGGUGCCGAACAUUUAGCUAAAGUCCUGCAUAAAAAUACAACACUUACAACACUCGUAGUAUCCAGAAAUAAAAUCAAUGUUGAUGGAGUUAAACAUUUAGCUGAUGCGCUUGAAAAUAACAAUACACUUACAGAACUUAAUAUUUCAGUAAAUAAGAUCGGUGAUGCUGGAGUUGUAUUUUUAUCAAAUGCUCUCAAAACUAACAAGACAUUAACUACACUCAAUAUAAUUACCGUAGAAAUAAGUGACUCAGGCGCGGAAUCUCUGGCAUCUGCUUUGCAAAUCAAUAAUACUCUUUCAAAACUUAUUAUAUACAAUAAUGAUAUCGCUGAUGAAGGUGCUCGACAUUUAGCUGAUACCCUUCGGUGUAAUAAGACUCUAUCCAAUCUAGAUCUUUAUGGAAAUGAAAUCGAAGAUCGAGGUGCAGAAUAUUUAGCUGAUGCCCUCCGAAAUAAUACUACACUCACCUCUCUCGAUCUUAGGAAAAACAAUUUCACGCAAGCGGGAAUAGAUAACUUGACUGAUGCUUUGCCCGAUGAAGAUAUACUUGUUCCGUUUGAUGACAAAUCAUCUGAAACUUCAGAUGACGAACAAACUCGUCAGAACGAGGAUCAAACAGAUGACACAACAAUCGCCACAUUUGAUUUGAAAGAAAAAGAAAAAGGUGCUGAGAGAGCUCAAUAUUUAGUCAAUAUAUUUGCAAACAAUAAGACACUGAAUACAUUGAACUUGAAAAAUGACGAUAUUGGUGCUGAAGGAGCCGAAAAUCUGGCGAAUGCUUUUCAACACUGUUUAACACUCACUACACUCAAUCUAUCUAAUACUUCAAUUGGUGAUGAAGGAAUUGAACAUCUAGCGAGAAUUUUCGAAAAUAACAACACACUUAUCACACUCAAUCUUUGCCAGAAUGAAAUUGGUGACGAAGGAAUUAAGCAUUUGGCUAAAGCCUUAGAAAAUAACAACACAUUAGUUAAACUUAACCUUGCCAAGAACAACAUAGGUAUCGAAGGAUCAGAGCACUUGGCUAAAGCAUUUAAAAAUAAUAACACACUUGUCGAACUCGAUUUAUCUGAUAAUGAAAUUGAGAACGAAGGACUUGAACACUUAGCAAAAGCUUUGGAAAAUAACAAUACACUAACCACACUAAACCUUGCUGACAACGAGAUUAGUGCUGAAGGCAUAAAACAUUUGAAUCAGUUUUUGCAAAAUAACACAACACUUGUCACACUCAUUCUCCACAGUAAUGAGCUCGAUGCUGAAGCAAUAAAAUAUUUAACCGCCGGUUUACAAGACAAUACUACUUUGACCAAACUCGAUCUCAGCUAUAAUAUGAUUGAUGAUGACGCAAUCCUCCAUUUAUCUGAUGUUUUGGUCAAUAAUAAGACUUUGACUGAACUCAAUUUUUUCAAGAAUCAAAUUGGAGAUCGAGGAGUUGAAUGUCUCGCUGUAGCUCUCAGAAACAACAAAAGUCUGGUGAAACUUGAUAUUACGAGAAACAAAGUCGGAGAUCAAGGUAUCAAAGAGUUGGCGAUGACAUUUCGAGAUAAUACGACACUCAUUUCUCUACAUCUUGAUGGGAAUAAAAUUACAGCAGAAGGAGCUCACUAUUUAGCUAAUACUUUGAAAACAAAUCGGACAUUGACUUAUCUUGAUCUUGCUGGAAAUAAUAUUGGAGACGAAGGUGCGAUUGAUAUAGCAACUGCUUUUCAGAAUAAUCAAACAUUGGAAACAUUAGAUAUACGACGGAAUCAAAUAGGAAAAAUAUUCAAAUACCAGAUUAUGAAAAUUUUAAGACAAAAUGUUCAUUUAAAGUUAUUUAUAUGGGAUGAUGCAGAUGAUCGUGACUAG